AAGUUCAUAGUACACACAUAUACAUCGCAUUUGAUAUACGUGUAGUAUCUACUGUUCUUACAGGUAGAGAGGUUAGAGGACACUUUAAAGUACUUAAUAUUUUUUUGUUUUGUACUAUUAUUUGCCGUAUUUUGUAUAUCAAUUUUUUAAGCAGCAUGCGAUGACGACUUUCUAUCAUCUUCGAAGAUCUGCCAAAGCUGUGCAAUUUUUACAACCACACAGUGUUUACAACAAUCUUAGGUUAUUCUUACGAAAUGAAUCGAGCUUCGUACCGAAGCGAGUGCUUAUUGUGGCAAAAUUGUCACGAUAUCAUUUUGAAAAAUUACGAGAACCAAACUUGAAUGACGAACAAUUGAAAUUAAAAUUACUGGAAAGAGGCUCUGAUUAUGAUACAAUGAUAGCUAGUCAUAUGGCAACCAAACAUGUAAAAAAUCAAGUAAUCGAAGUUUUCAAGAAAAUGAAUAUAGAAUAUAAAAUAAUAAAUAGGGAAAAUCUAGACAGUUCAAAUUUUACUUGGGCUGAUUUAAUUCUUCCUAUUGGUGGGGAUGGCACAUUUCUAUUGGCAUCAAAUAUGAUAUUUGAUAACAAGAAACCAAUAAUUGGCAUCAAUUCGUUUCCGGAAAGGUCCGAAGGAUAUCUUAUGUUACCAUCGAAAUAUACAACAAGAAUACCCGAAAUUUUUGAAAUGUUAAAAGCUGGUCACUAUAAUGUAGUCAUGAGACGAAGAAUUCGUACUACUAUAAAGGGAGAUAAUAUUUGGGAGCCUCCUUUCCACUCACACGAAAAGGGUCGCGUUGUAGGUGAAGAAAAAUUUUAUGUACAAGAUUUGGAACGCGAAACAAGAAACGCUUUACCAAAAGAAAGACGUUUGCCUUGGUUGGCAUUAAAUGAAGUAUUUAUAGCAGAAGUACUUUCUGCUAGGACAAGUACCUUACUUAUAAAUGUAAAUAAUGAAGAAAAAUAUCAUUUGGUAAAAAGUUCUGGCUUGUGUGUUAGCACAGGAACAGGAUCAACAUCUUGGUAUAGAUCUAUAAAUAGUGUUAGUCCACAAGUAGUAAAAGAAAUACUGAGGCUUUUAAAUAAGAAAGAAUUUAGUAAUGAAGAGAUUGAACAAAUAUGUUCUACUUUCAAUGCUACCUUAUCUUUCAAUGCUGAGGAAUUAAAACUAUGUUAUACUAUAAGAGAUCUGAUAGUGAAUGACAUGUGGCCUACGCCAAAGUGUCUACAUCCCCGUGGAUUUUGUGAUAAACUAACAGUAAUAUCGCACUGUUAUGAUGCUGGAAUAGUCCUUGAUGGAGGUAUUGCCGUGCCAUUUAAUUUUGGAACUACUGCAAUAUUGGAGACUUAUCCUGAAGAUUCUUUACGAGCAUUAACACUUCCAGAGUGAUUACUAUUUAUUUCGAAUAAAAAUCUAAUUGAUAUAAUUUAAGGAAUUGGGAAAUAGUCUUAUGUAUUAAAGAUUAAAUGCAGUAUGUAAAAGUUCUACCAUUUGUAUCUCUGAAUAUUUUGGAAUUUUAUAAAAUGCAUUUAAUUUGAUAUUCCUAUUGUGUACAGUUAAAGACUACUACUGGUGUGAUCCAUAUUCCAAUGAAUAGUAAUAAAAUCAAUGUAAUAAUGUAUAUGUAAUAUAAGAAAGUUUUUAUGA